AUGGCUUUGCAGAAGGCUGUCAUCGUGACUUCGCCCAAACAUGCUGAAUUGGUUUACGAUAGACCUAUUCCGAAACUCCGUGAAGACUGCAUUCUUGUCAAAAAUGUUACUGUUGCACUGAAUCCAACCGACUGGAAACACAUAGACUACUUGGCACCCCCUGGAGUGCUAGUAGGGUGCGAUUAUGCCGGAAUCGUGGAAGAAGUUGGUAGGGGCGUGAAAAGACCCUUCGCGAAAGGAGAUCGUAUUGGCGGUUUUGCUCACGGAUCCAACGCCGUGGAACACGAGGAUGGAACUUUUGCGGAAUACAUUGUCGUCAAAGGCGACCUUCAAUACAAAAUACCCGACGAGAUGAGUUUUCAAGACGCUGCAACCCUCGGACUGGGAGUCACUACAGCUGCCCUGGGACUUUAUCAGAGUCUCAAGAUCGCUUUGCCCAACGACCCAAUUCAAAACGCGGUACCGAUCCUAAUUUACGGAGGUUCGACGGCCACUGGAACUUUGGCAAUUCAAUUCGCCAAGUUUUCAGGAUAUCAGGUCCUGACUACCUGUUCCCCACGCCAUUUCGAUCAAGUGAAAAAGAUUGGUGCCGAUGCAGCUUUUGACUACAAUGAUCCGAGCUCCGCGGACGCGAUCAAGGAUCAGACAAAGGAUGCUUUAACGUUGGCAUUCGACACUAUUUCACUCGAAAGCAGUGCCAAGUACUGUGACCGCGCUCUAUCCUCGCAAGGGGGUGAAUAUAGUUCACUAUUGCCGAUCAAGAUUGAUCGUGAAAACGUCAGAGACCGAGCGACGAUGGCCUAUACGGCCUUCGGUGACAGCUUCACAUUCGGGCCAAACACAAUUGCUCCUCAGCCGGAUGAUAGGGAUUUCUCUGAGCGCUUCCGUGUCAUUUUUGAGGAAUUGCUGGCAGCUGGCAAAAUGAAGGUACAUCCUGCUAGGGUCGGGGGUGGGGGACUUGGAGGUGUCUUGGAGGGUCUUCAGCUUUUGAAGGAAGGAAAAAUCAGCGGAGAGAAGCUUGUGUAUAAUACCGCAGAUAACUACUAG